AUGCGAGAUGCUGGUAUGAGUGAUAGCAUUAUUUCAUCGUUGGAAGAUAGCGUUACAGAAGGUUCAGGAGUAGAGAUAGUGCGAGCAACUCCGGUAUCGCUGAUACGGGCUGGUCACAUUCCUUCACAACCCGGAGAGGCUGUCGAGAAUGAUGUGGUGCAAUUGAGACGAGAAAUGCGACGUAGAGAUGCUGAAGCUAUUGAUGUAGACAUUACAUCACCAGAAUUGACUAUCAUUGACAAGGACAUUGCCGCUGAACUGCCAGAAGCUCUGCACUCCUCAUCAUCCCCUACUCCUCCAUCUCCAGCUAUCUGUGUACCAAUGGUCGGAUUCUGGGUGCUUGCAGCGUUGAUCGUCCUCUGCUGCUCGAUAAUUGCCGUCUCACUUUGCUAUGCUCAAAAGCAACGCGACAAAUUCCACAUUAUGCCAUAA